AUGGGCGCUCAAGCAUCCAAAUGUCCGGUCGACGUCGAGACGGGGUUUGGCCCCGCCGCCGACUGCUAUGAUGGUUUCGACUUCACUUUGCUGUUCGAAGAGUCUAUCCUCACUCUUGUGCCUGCGGGUAUCACAUUAUUUCUGUUACCUUUAUUUCUGUUGCGAUUGAAGAAUGAAGAGAGGAAGGUGGUGGAAUCGUGGCAUCAUGUGGCUAAGCUGGCUGGCUGGUUUGCCAUAUCAACAGUUACGCUCGUGCUAGUAGCCCUAACCGCCAGCAAGGGCCCUACGACACGGACAUCAAUCGCGGCUAAUGUUGUUGUCCUGCUCCUGGAAAUCGGACUCACCUUUUUCUCGCACUGGCAACAUGUUCGCAGCGUGCGUCCAUCAGGACUGCUGGUACAGUACCUGGCUCUGACGUUGAUAUUCGACGCCGCGCGCUGUCGUACUCUCUGGGGGGUACAGUCGGGCGAAAAGGUGGCCAUUGUGCUGAGCAUCGCCGUCGGUGUCAAAGCCGUCCUGUUCGGCCUGGAGGCGGCCGAAAAGCGCGGUAUCUUGCUAGACAAGUUCAAGUUUCUGCCUUUUGAAGCUACUGCUGGCGAGCUGAAUCUGUGGUUCUCAUGGUGGCUGAAUCCGAUCUUCCUAAGGGGCUUCAAGAAGCAGCUGUCUAUGGACACGUUAUUCGAUGUCGACCCAAGCUUGAAAGCAAACGACAAGGAGGAUGGGGAUACUUUGGCGGAAAUGUGGAAGUAUUGGAAAUCGAAACUCCGCAAUCCACCCUUACUGCUAAUUUGUCUCGUGCAUGCCCGGGUACCACUGCUGAAGUCCAUCCUGCCACGCCUCGCCCAGAUCGCUUUCACCGUUGCGCAACCAUUCAUCCUACAACGAACACUCAGCUAUAUCGAAAAUGAGGGGUACGAGAACCGGCCAUCGGUCGGCACAGGACUUAUCGUGGUCUACGUGAUCGUCUACAUCGGCAUCGCGGUGACGACCGCCCUAGCGCAGCACUGGACCUUCCGGAUGAUCACGCGCAUGCGGGCAGGGCUAGUCGAUCUCAUCUACCGACAUACCCUGGAGAUGAUUCCCACGGCACUCGAUGGCGCCGAUGCAGUGACGCUAAUGAGUACCGACGUGGAGCGCAUCACUAGCGGCCUUCGCACGUUUCCGGAGCUCUGGGCCAACCUCAUCCAGAUGGGUAUUGCCAUCUGGCUUCUGGCCGGCAUGCUCGAUCUCGCCGUCCUCGGUGCCUCCGCUGUUGCCGUUGUCUCCACUGGCUUGGCCAUCUGGGUCGCCACUGGUGCAGGUAUCGCCCAGAAGGCCUGGCUGGACCAGAUCCAGUCGCGCGUCGCCGCGACAGCCAGUAUGCUUGGUGUGAUGAAGGCAGUCAAGAUGACGGGGCUGACGCAGCCGCUGGGCGACAAGAUCCGGCAGCUGCGCGAGGAGGAAGUCAAAGCGUCGUCUACGUUCCGGUUGAUCUUGGUGAAGCUCGUCACUCUGUCCAAUGUCUCCGAGGCCAUGAACCCGGUCGCCGCGUUUGGCUUGUAUAUCCUAUUACAGCGGUUCCAAGGCUAUGCGGUUAUGAGUACAUCGCUGGUGUUGACUUCUUUGGUGCUCCUGCAGUUGUUGCUCGUGCCCCUGGCGAUGUUGAUUGACAGUCUUGCCGGGUUUGUGGGCGCGUUGGGAUGCUUCCGCCGCAUUCAAGAUUAUCUAGGACAGGAGACCAAGGUCGACGGGGAGAAAGCUCGUGCUGCUACCGGCGGAUCAAGUGUUGGUUCGAUGAGAUCUGCGCGGAGUCGCCGACGCACGCGACGCAUCAUCCCCGAGCCGGUUAUUGAAUUUAAAAAGGUCUCAGCCGGGUGGAAGGAUGGGAUGGUCGUGCUCCGGGACAUGUCGUUCAAGGUGCCGCGGGGCCAACUAACGAUGGUCGUUGGGUCCGUGGGCUCUGGUAAAUCGACGCUGUUGUAUACACUCUUGCGGGAGACCAAGGUUUCUGCAGGCUCGAUCAUCGGGUCUCUGGACGAAGCGGCGUUUUGUUCGCAGUCGCCCUGGGUGAUCAAUACCACGGUCCAGCAGAACAUCACGGGCGACUUCGCGUUGGAUCCGCGGUGGUAUGCCACUGUGGUGCAAGCGUGCGCGUUGAGUCUCGACUUGGCGCAGCUUCCACAGGGAGACCAGACGAUCGUGGGGAGUUCGGGUAUCGGUCUCAGUGGUGGCCAGCAGGUGCGCAUCUCCCUCGCUCGCGCUAUCUAUUCGCGUAAGCGUACGAUUGUGCUGGACGACAUCCUGAGUGGUCUCGACGCAACCACGGAGAAGUACAUCUUCUCCUCCCUCUUCGGCCGCCAUGGGCUUCUCGCUCGCCACGGCGUGACUGUCAUCUUGGCCAGCCACGCUGUUCACUUCCUCCCCGAAGCCGACUACAUUCUCGCUUUGGGCCCCAAAGGCACCAUCGUCGAGCAAGGAACCUUCACCGACCUGGCCCGGCGGUCCCAUGGCGGGUAUAUCCGGGGACUAGAAGUCCGCGAGCGUCAAGCAGCCCACCACAAGCCCCAAGAAAGCAGCGCCACACUCGAAACGAUCCCCGACAACGAAUCCCAAGCCGUGCUCCCAAGUAUGGAUAUGAACGAAAUCCCCGCCCGCGAUUGGUCAGUGUAUGCCUACUAUGUGGAGUGCUUCGGCUGGCCGCGACUGGCUUUCUUCAUUUUCAUCAGUGCGGUAUUCGGGUUCGUGAUCGUCUUCUCGCAAGUAUGGGCUGAGUGGUGGGGAAACCACAAUACCAAGUACCCCAACGACAAGGCGGGAUACUACUGGGGCAUUUACUUCGUACUUGGUCUGAUGGCCACCCUAUCCCUGGUCACCGGAUGUACCUUCUUCGUCAUGGCCCUGGCUCCGCGCGUGGCACGGACUAUCCACACACGACUCCUUCAGACCGUCCUCCAAGCCCCGAUGUCCCUCUUCUACACGACGGAUAAGGGCUCCUUGACCAACCGUUUCAGCCAAGACCUCGAACUCAUCGACCUCGAGCUGCCCGUCUCGGUAGUGCAAACCACCAUGAUCCUGUGCAUCAUCCUCGCCCAAACCAUACUCAUGGCCGUCACUUCCAAGUAUCUGGGUGCGGCGUUGCCCUUCAUCCUGGCCACCGUGGCUGGCCUCCAGGUUUUCUACCUCCGCACCUCACGCAUCCUCCGUCUCCUUGACGUGGAGGCCAAGGCCCCGCUGUUCUCCCACUUCUUAGAAACCCUCUCCGGGCUCGUCACCAUUCGAGCCUACGGCUGGCAGGAGGCGUAUACGCGACGGAAUCUGCAUAAAAUCAAUGAGUCUCAGAAGCCAUUUUAUGCAUUACUGUCGGUGCAGCAGUGGCUCGGGCUGAUGCUAGACCUGGUGGCGGCUGGAAUAGCGGUGGUGCUUGCCACAAUCGCGGUCAAGACCAAGGGGUCAACGGAUUCCGGGCUGAUCGGAUUGGCGCUGAUCAAUAUUGUCGGGUUUGGUAGCGCCAUCAAAAAGCUCAUUGUGUUCUGGGCGCAGCUGGAGACGAGUGUCGGUGCGGUAAGUCGCGUGAGGUCAUUCGUUGGGCGGGUAGGUAGUGAGCAUAAGGAUGGUGAAGCGGGAGAGGGGAGUGUUGGGCCAAAUUGGCCCGAAAGGGGAGAGCUGGUUUUUGAUGCAGUGGUUGCUUCUUAUUCUUCUUCUGGUGAUGGCGAGGAUAGGGAGGAAGAGGAAGAAGUGGAGCCGGUAUUGAAGGGCAUUUCGUUGCGAAUUGAACCGGGCCAGCGAAUUGGAGUUUGUGGACGGAGUGGCAGUGGGAAGAGCAGUCUCGUUGCUACGCUGUUUCGAAUGUUGGAGAUGGAUUCGGGGAGAAUUAUCGUCGAUGGUGUGGAUUUAGCGUCGGUCAGUCGCGAUCUCGUGCGCGAGAGAAUUAUUGCUAUCCCUCAAGAUGCCUGUCUCUUGCCUGGAUCGGUGAGAUUCAAUCUGGAUCCUAGGGAGGAAAGGACGGAUGAGGAGAUCAUGGAUGUUCUACGUGAAGUCGGACUCUGGGAGGUGCUUUUGGAGCUUGUUGAGGCGGAGGAGAAGAAGGAUGAGGUUCAGGAGAAGAUUGCCGCUCCUGGUGAUACCCCCCCUCCACUUCCUAUCAAGAACAGCGAUGUUCUUAACGCGCCCAUGCCCACCACCGCCAUAUCCCACGGUCAACGCCAGCUCAUCUGUCUCGGUCGUGCUGCCCUCCGCCGCUCGACAAUACUCGUCCUUGACGAGCCUACCGCCGCCGUGGACGUCGAGACGGAUGCCAUGAUGCAGCGGAUCAUCCGGUCGCGCUUCGCCAGCCAUACUAUCAUCACCGUGGCUCAUCGACUGGACACAAUCAUGGAUUUUGAUCGUAUCGCCGUGAUUGAUGCCGGCCGGUUGGCGGAGUGGGGUACGCCCAAGCAGUUGGUGACCGGAGACACACUGUUCCGGAGGUUGUAUCGGGAUAUGCAUGGUGAGGUGGAUGAGGACGAGGCUUGUCCCGCCUACGAAGAUCACUAUGAUCAUAACGAGGUGGAUGAGGAUGGCGACUACAGCUCUGCGAUGGAGACAACAUCUUCGGCGGAGAGUCAGACGAGGACGGUGGUUGUGGAUGAGCAGUUGAAUACUUGGAUUUGA